CGUACUGCUUCAACAACAAUGGCGUCCUCCAUAGCAGCUCACGGGUUACAUAUGUGUGGAAGAAUCAACCUCGCGAAAUGUCUCCGAAAGGCGGACAACUUGUUUCACAGAAGUGUCGGAACUACAGCUGUUCCAGCUCAUGCCGACGUACAAACAAAGGACGAAACCACAGAUGAGAAGGAUGGACGUCUCUCGUUUUAUGCUGUCCAAGCCCAAAGACAAGAACAGGCAGAACGAUCUGUUCUCAUCAACUGCCCUCAAAAAGUCAAUGAGAAAAAGAUCCUCAAUUUGUUAGCAUUACAUGGCGAAAUUAAAAAUUACUUCACUUAUGAAAGCUAUGGCAUGCAUGCAGUGGUAGAGUUUGCUUCGCAAGACAGUGUUUCCUCGUUACUCGAUGGGGCCGGUAUCCCAAAUAACAACCAUGAAUCUGUGGUUCCUUAUAAAUCAAGACUAAUGACUCUGAGGGGUCUGACGGAAGUCACCAACCAGCAGCCCAGUAAAAAUAACCAUCCACAAACCACCAUUCCCAUUAAUGAGCUCAUUCAGAAACUUUCUCAAGAAGAGAGUAUAGACCAACAAAUAUUCUCUUUGACUGAAGCCUACCAGCUAACUGAGGAGAACAGCCGACUGCGUUUCCUCGUUUGCUCUCUGCUCAAAGACAUCGCUGCUGCUUAUUUUCCAGAAUGCUCCAUUAAACCAUUUGGAUCAUCAGUGAAUGGCUUUGGAAAGCUGGGCUGCGAUCUGGACAUGUUUCUGGACCUAGAUGGCAUCAGUGGAAGGAAUUUAAAAUUACCCAAAUCCGGUUUGACCCUGGAGUACCAGAUGAAGCGGACCAAUUCAGAGCGCAGCGCCACGCAGAGCAUCCUGUCGGUCAUCGGUGAAUGCGUGGACCAGUUUGGGCCCGGCUGCGUGGGUGUGCAGAAGAUUCUGAAUGCCCGAUGCCCCCUGGUCCGUUUUGCCCACCAGCCGUCUGGUUUUCAGUGUGACCUCACCGCCAACAACAGGGUGGCGAUGAAGAGCUCAGAGCUGCUUUACCUUUAUGGCCAUCUGGACCCCCGAGUGCGUCACCUGGUGUUCACCGUACGAUGUUGGGCCCGAGCACAUGGACUGACGAGCAGCAUCCCCGGCGCCUGGAUCACCAACUUCUCUCUCACCGUCAUGGUGCUGUUCUUCCUGCAGGGGAGAAGCCCGCCUGUCAUCCCCACGCUGGACCACCUACGAGAACUCGCAGGUCCGGCCGACAAGUGUGUGAUCGAGGGAAACGACUGCACGUUUGUCAACGACUUCGACAGGAUCCGACUCCGGAACAACACGGAAACACUCGAGGGACUGCUUUGCGGAUUCUUUGAGUUCUAUGCCACCUUUGGAUUCAGUAAGAAGUCCAUAAAUAUCAGAAAGGGCAAAGAGCAGAACAAGCCCGAGGCGGCCCCGCUCCACAUCCAGAACCCGUUCGAAACGGCCCUGAACGUCAGCAAGAACGUCAACGGCACACAACUCGAACGAUUUGUGGCUUUGUGUCAGGAGAGCGCCUGGCUGCUCCAGCAAAGCGACUCAAUGACACCCAAAGGGGGCAGGAGCCUCACACCCUGGGGACUAGCGACCCUUCUACUGCCGUCACAGAUUGCGGGGGUCAAAAGUCGCAAGAAAAAGAGAAGGGAGCCGGCUAGCGAGCGGAUCAAGGGCUUGUUAGAAUCCCUGAAAAAUAAAAAGCAGCCGAAGAGCUAAAGACUCUUGACAUCCCUGGAAAGGAACUUUUUUGAAUGACUCAAGGACACCUCAAAGACACAAAGGAAGAAGCGCCUUUAAUAGGAUGUAGUUCCUUGUGUGAACACUGGAGGGUGCUACUGAGACUUUAAAGCGGUAACCAUGGCAAGGCAAUUGUGAAUUACUCUGACCUUUAUGAAAGAACAUAGGUUACCACUUAUAUUGUUUAAACUAUUUCGCAUAUUUACUAUUGUAUAUAUUUGAAAAUGCUCACUUGAUUGACAGGUUUGUUUGAGGUUCACAAUGCAAAUAUUUUCAUUGUCAUCAAUCGGUGGACUGUAUAUUGUAACGUAGAACACAAUCAAUAGUAUGGUGGAUGUCAACAGAUUUUUCAAAUAAAAAUGCAAUUUUAUUCUAUCCUCUAUGGCAGCCAUGGAAAAAAAAACGGCAUUUCAUCGGUGUAUUUUUGGGGUUUUUGGACAUCUUUAAACAAGCAUCAUAAUAGGAAAAACACAUGACAGUGUUGUAUUUGGACUGAAUUAUGUAAGAGCAAAUGACCUAAUACAAUGACAUAAUGAUCCUUGCAAA